ACCAAACAUCCCCCUUUUUUGGAAAAAAAAAAUCUUUCAUUCACUUUCUCAGUAUUUGAGGAUAUCAAAAGCAUCUGAAAAUCUUAAAGUAAUUAGCUUGAAACACAUUUACACAUGAAACCACUCGAUCGUGAAAAUUCAAAUUUUGGUUCGAUGGGAGCAACAAAUUCAAAAGGUUGUCCGCCUGGGAAUUCACCAGAAGCUGGAUCCUCUCCUCCAGUCAAACAGCUGCUUGAUCAGCCAGAGACUGUCACCACCAUAGAUACUGGGUAUGGAGAACUUUACAAUGUGGCCUGUCUGAGUGAUGAAGUAAUCUGGACAAGUGGAGAUGACAGCACCAUGAAACUCUUCAGCAUCAAUCAGGGAUCACUACUCAAGUCAUUCGAAACCAAGUCAGGAAAAAGACCAGAAAACAUAGUUGUCACAAUCACUGGAGAUCUAGUUUAUACAGAUAAAAAGGAUAAAACUGUACACAUUGUGAAGAAUGGAAAGAUAGAGGAGGUUUUCAGACUAGACUGGGAUUUGAUUCCCCGUGGUAUCUGUAGUACAUUCUCUGGUGAUCUUCUAGUGAUCAUAGACAGUCAAGAUUACCAACAAUCAAAAGUUGUCCGUUACUCUGGAUCCACAGAAAAACAAACAAUCCAGUUUGAUGAUAAGAAAAAUCCCCUCUUUUCCUGUGGCCCUGAUAGCAAAUACCUAAUUGAGAACAGGAAUCUUGAUAUCUGCGUGGUCGACAUUGGGGCUGGAGCAGUAGUGGUGGUCAAUCAGGCCGGGAAACUGAGAUUCAGGUACAUUGGAUGUACUUCAGCUCCGAAGAACCAACCAUUCAAUCCACGAGGAAUUACCACAGACAGUCAGAGUCACAUCCUUACAGCUGAUAUUUACAAUCACUGUGUCCACAUCAUAAACCAGGAUGGACAGUUCCUCCGUUACAUAGAAUGUGGACUGAGUGAACCCUGGGGACUGUGUACAGAUACAAAUGACAAUCUGUUUGUUGCUGAAUAUAGAAACAGAAAAGUGAAGAAAAUAAAAUACCUACAGUAAGACCAUUUACUAUAAUGGGUUUUAAGACUAAAUGAAUAAAUAUUGUUAAUCUAUAGUUGACAAUUAUUGAUAAACACGGUAUACCCUAUCCGAAAGACUAUUUUCAGUAAAUUAAAAUCUAUCAUUG